AUGAGUUCCAUCGAGAGCCAAGAAAAACACGACGUGGAACAUGUCGAAGAUGAAAACGAUAACAAUGUCUGUAUGGUGCAGAUAGAUGCCGGCAAGUAUCUUGAGGUGAACCAUACGAGCAUUGCCCAGCAGAUCGACGCUCUGGACGAGGAGCUUCUGGCUUCAGGAAAGAAACCGUUUCUGGCCAGCAGGUGGUUGAAAAAACCAGACAAGUUUAUCUGGUACCUUGCCUCGUUGGCCUCUGUUGGUGGACUGCUUUUUGGAGUCGACCAGUCGCUGAUUAGUGGUGCCAGUUUAUACCUACCCCACGACUUGAACCUCGACAGCUCCCAGCAGUCGAUGGUUGUUGGUUUUACUCCGUUGGGAGCCAUGGGAGGAGCUCUCACAUUAAUGCCAUUGAACGACAUUUUUGGAAGACGUGGAACAAUCAUCAUCUCGUCGAUCGUCUUCACUGUGGGAGCCAUCAUGGAAGCUGCCGCUCAAGGCUUUGCUGUGAUGUUGGUUGGAAGAAUUGUCUUGGGUCUGGCUCUUGGUAUGCUUUCCGGUACUGUUCCUGCAUACAUUUCCGAGAACUGUGCACGUAAAUGGCGUGGAGGUCUUGUGUCGCUCUACCAGGUGAUGGUUGGUUUUGGAGUCAUGAUGGGCUAUGUUAUUGCUGCUAUUUUCAACUCGGUGAAAGGUAACUGGAGAUACGUUCUGGGAAGUUCUGUGGUGUUUUCCACGGUUUUGUUCUUUGGUAUGCUCACUCUGCCCGAAUCAACCAGAUGGCUCAUGAAGAAAGGCCGCAAGCUAGACGCGUACCAGGUCUGGAAACAUGCGCGGGGAUUGGACUCGAUCGAUGAGAGACAAGAGUUUUUCAUCAUGGAAAACGUUGUGCUUUACGAGAAGGAGAAGUCCCAAGAGAAAUGGUUGUUCCUUGAGCUGUUUGGAACUAAACGUUGUCUGCGUGCUAUUUCGGUUGCUGUCACGUGCAGUUUGAUCUGUCAGCAAAUGUCCGGAGUCAACUCGAUCGAAUACUACCAGGCUACUUUGGUGCAGGCUGCUGGCCUGUCGCCAGAAAACGCCGUGUACAGCAGUCUUGUCGGUGGAGGUGUCAUGUUUUUGUCCACUAUUCCAGCCAUUUAUUUGAUGGACCGUUUGGGAAGACGGACCUUGACACUGUCGCUGAUCCCAGGAAUAGCUAUUGGUCUCAUCAUCACCGGUUGCUCGUUCCUGGCAGACAACCUUGGGGUCAAGCUUGGACUGUACUUCUGGGGAAUCAUCACCUACAACAUGUUCUGGGCUCCAGGACUGGGUCCAGUUCCGUAUCUGUUGUCUGCCGAGGUGUACCCAACCUAUCUGAGAAGUUACGGUAUGAGUCUUGCUUCGUUCUGCAACUGGACAGGAACUUUCAUCACAACGUAUCCGUUCCAGUACAUGGCCGACGCAAUGACCUCUACUGGUGUGUUUGCUGGUCUCUACUGUGGCCUGCUGCUGCUUGGAGCCCUGUACCUGCUCUUCUUCAUGCCAGAGACCAAGGGCCUAACUUUGGAGGAAGUUGGAGAGAUCUUCCAACGUCCGUUGACCGAUACGAUGUACACCAACAUCCGCAACCUCAGACACACGUGGAACAACCUGUUGCACUUCAGAUUCAAAGAAUUUGACAGCCAUCACAGCAGCAGUGGCCACGUUCAAGCAGAAACAGAUAAUCCAGGAUCUGAAAGCAUAACCGUAGGUUGGGGCAUCCUUGCUGCGGAACAAUUGUGGACCAGCAAUGUUACACGCACAGUAGAUCAGGAACAUACUGUUACUGACCACAGCCUUCUUGGUAGAACCGAAGAAGUUGGACGAACCAAUAGACAACAGCAAUGGGAAAACAGCGGUCUGUGCCAACGAGAAGUAGAAUCCAGUCAGCUUGGCUCCCUUGUUAGGACCCUUGUAGAUCAAACAUCCACCAAUAAUACCAAACAUGCAGAUGAUGGCGAUCAAAAUGCAUCUGAGUCCAACUUUUCUGCUGGCAAUGAUACCGGAGAAGGUGAUGAAAGUCCAUGCAACCACGGACGCAGGGAUGUUCAACAAAGUGGUUUCAAUGGAGGUGAAACCAAAGUCCUCGAGAAUAAUAAAACCGUAACUUUGGACACCACUGUUUGGCAAGAUCGAGAGCACGAUAGAUCCGAGCAACAACCAGUAGUUGGUGUCGAGCAUCAAAGAGAAUCUGCAGCUUUCAGGGGAGUCUGGCAGGAAGAAGAACAUGAAGAAACUCCACACGAACGAGAUGCAACCGUAGACAAUGAAGAUAUACUUCCAUGGAGCGAUCUUUCCGGAGAUGUGUCCGAGACCGAACGACAGGAAAGAACCAACAAUGGCUCCCACGUCGUUACCGGCAAACCAAAUACCAGCUCUGGAAGACUGUUGCUUCGGGGUCCACCACAUACCGGUGAUCAGCACAAACGAAGGACUGACAGCACUCUCGAGGAAUCCCAGGAAGAAUCUGGCGGUGAUCAGACCACCGUACGAGGUGCAGGCAGCGGAGCAAGCAAGGGUAAUUCCCCACAGGCACACGGCAAUAGAAACGAACUUGCCGAUUGGAACAAGUUGCAAAACUCUAACAUAGAGCAAGUUACCAAGCAUGUAACCGAAGUAGAACACAGAGGAGGUCCAGGAGUAGUCCUGGCCAACCAGAUGGAGGUCUUUUCUCAAACCAAACACCGCAGCCUGACUCAAGGCUAG